AUGCAAAGGCGAACUCCUUCCUCGGUGCUAAAACCGGGAGCGUUUUCUUUUGCAGCGUUUCGAAUGCACUUAGUGAAAGAGUCAGCGUCAUCCACUCUCCCCCCAACCUGCCAAGUCGAGUUUCGGUUGAUGUUGAACUCUCCGAUACCUUUUUUGGAACCGUGCCAUAAAGCUGAGAAGAAGUGGGUGAUGGUCGGAAUCGAAUGCGACGUCGCAGACAGCUCCAGAUUUUCGGAUAUCUGUCAGAGGACAGCCGUAAGGGUGACAUCAGAUGUCCAGGAGCGGAUCGAUGCGAUCAACCUAGCGCAACGCAUCGCGAAUUCUAACGGUUACAUUGGUAAUGUAGCACGUAGGCCACAUGUUGGUGCGCAACAAGAAUAUGCCACACUGGUUGAGUCGAAUAAGAUCAAUUUCUGCCUGCCCUUCAUAACCGACGACCUGAGUAAAGCUAUACGGGCUAGUCUGGUGAAAUGCGGUCUCGAGGACCAAGUCGCGCUUUCUAACUGGCGACUUGCGAUGUCGAUUCUCACCAAAUUUGUAGGGCCGCAGACUCGUGAGCAAAGACGUACUGCCUUCGCCGCUGCGAACUCUGCUAGCAACAUAAGCGAUAUUCAGAUGUUUUUUCGUGUAGCCAUGCGAACUCGGAUUUACCUUUCACAACAACUUCCCCUCUGCAGGUGCAGAGGUGCAUCCACUACGCCUUCCACAACGAAAACAAUGUCAGGUGUGCAAAAGCUGAAAGAUAGUGACAUGUUAGAAACAACUUAUAUCGAGGACCUUCCUCGCGCUCAGAGGAGAUUCGCAAAACAGUUCGAGAAGGUUAACGAGGAACGGGUGAAGGAGAUUUUCGCUAAGAACUACAAGAACCACGUUGCUCUUGGACUGUUGACCGCUCUAGUCGUCGGAAUUUACUACUACACAAUCCAUGCUGUCAAACAGGAGACUUUUCUUGAAGAGAUUGAUGAGGAAAUGGCUGCAGAGUGUCCAAAAACUCACGGUCAUCUACGUGGAGAUUUCGCUCACAAUGAGUGCGAAGAAUGCAUCAAAGCGUUCGCCAGAUUCUCACGUCCCUCAAGAUUCUUCCCUCAUUUUGGGUACUGUGAGUAUGGUAUUGGGAAAGGAACGACUCCUGGAGGGAAGCCAUUCCGAGACAAAUCUGGUAUUCUUUUCUGA